AUGGGCGAGCCACCGCCCAACCCCUAUCCCUCGUCCCAAAGCCGGAGGGCUUCUCAAGCUUCAGAGAGGGCACGCAGUCGAGAUUCCUCGCAGCCUCUGGUGUCCAUCCCUGAGGAUGGGGUGCCCAGACCUACACAGCGGGGCAGUCGGGGCAGUCGGAGCAGUCAGGGCAGCCAGGACCAGCAGUCAACUAGCGUGCCGCAGUGGUCACAGAGGUCCAGCCUGACACCAGAAAACCAGGGCGAGGAAGGCACAGAGUAUAACCGGUCCAUGAGCUUAAGUUACCCACCAGGCUUUCCAUUGGAGUUCUCGCCACAGGGUUACCUGGAUGAGAACAGAACGAUGCAGCAGUUUCCUCAGGGCGAGGGCCUCUUAGAACAACUAGAUACCGACUUCCAGGACCCGGGUGCCGGCCUCCUGAGCCACUUCAACAUGUUCCCACGAGAGGACCAGCCGUUCGACCAGACCAUGCAGCACGGGCCAUACCUGAGGGACGACCCCACUCUCCAUGUAGGGCGUUCUGACCUGGGCUUCAUGCCCUUCGUCGGAGAGGUGCCUGACCCCCAGCCCCGUGAGCUGGCAGUGCAGAACGCCAAGGCCUACCUGCUGCAGACCAGCGUGAACUGCAACCUCAGCCUGUAUGAGCACCUGGUGAACCUACUGACCAAGAUCCUGAACCAGCGGCCCGAGGACCCCUUGUCCAUCCUGGAGCAUCUGAACCGCAACACGCAGUGGGAAUGGUUCCACCCCAAGCUGGACACUCUGCGGGAUGACCCUGAGAUGCAGCCCACCUAUGAGAUGGCCGAGAAGCAAAAGGCCCUGUUCCUCAGGGGUGGAGGAGAAGGCGAACAGGAAAUGGAAGAGGAGGUGAACGACAGCCCGGUGCCCAACAUCAUGGAGACGGCCUUCUACUUCGAGCAGGCAGGCGUGGGGCUGAGCUCCGACGAAAGCUUCCGGAUCUUCCUGGCCCUGAGGCAGCUGGUGGAGCAGCAACCCAUCCACACGUGCCGCUUCUGGGGCAAGAUCCUGGGACUGAGCCGCAGCUACCUGGUGGCAGAGGUGGAGUUCCGCGAAGGCGAGGAAGAAGGCGAGGAGGAGGAGGUGGAGGAGAUGAUGGAGGGCGGAGAGGUCAUGGAGGCACACGGUGAGGAGGAGGGCGAGGAGGAUGAGGAGAAGGUGGUAGAUGCAGUGCCCAAGCCGCAGUGGAAGCCGCCGCCAGUCAUCCCCAAGGAGGAGAGCCGCACAGGCGCCAACAAGUACCUGUACUUCGUGUGCAACGAGCCAGGCCGCCCGUGGACGCGCCUGCCACACGUGACGCCAGCGCAGAUCGUCAGUGCGCGCAAGAUCAAGAAGUUCUUCACCGGCUUCCUGGACACCCCGGUCAUCAGCUACCCGCCCUUCCCGGGCAAUGAGGCCAACUACCUGCGUGCUCAGAUUGCGCGCAUCUCAGCAGCCACGCACAUCAGCCCGCUGGGCUUCUACCAGUUCGGCGAGGAGGAGGGAGAUGAGGAGGAGGAGGGCGGCGCAGGGCGUGACUCAUUCGAGGAGAACCCCGACUUUGAGGGCAUCCCGGUGCUGGAGCUUGUGGACUCCAUGGCCAACUGGGUACAUCACACACAGCACAUCCUGCCGCAGGGCCGCUGUACAUGGGUGAACCCAAUGCAGAAGACAGAGGAGGAGGAGGAGCUAGGGGAGGAGGAAGAGAAGGCGGACGAAGGGAUGGAGGAGGUGGAGCAGGAGGUCGGUCCUCCGCUUCUGACUCCUCUCUCAGAAGAUGCAGAGAUCAUGCACCUGUCGCCCUGGACCACCCGCGUCUCCUGCAGCCUCAGCCCGCAGUACUCGGUGGCCGUUGUGCGCUCCAACCUCUGGCCAGGGGCCUAUGCCUACGCCGUUGGCAAGAAGUUUGAGAACAUCUACAUUGGCUGGGGCCACAAGUACAGCCCUGAGAACUUCAACCCAUCCCUGCCAGCUCCGAUUCAGCAAGAGUACCCCAGCGGCCCUGAGAUUAUGGAGAUGAGUGACCCCACGGUGGAGGAGGAGCAGGCCCUGAAGGCUGCACAGGAGCAGGCCCUGGCAGCAGCGGAGGAAGAGGAGGAGGAUGAGGAGGAGGAGGAGGAUGAAGACCUGGAGGACUGA